AUGGAUUCUUCUUCUUCCUCCACCGCACAACAAGCAAUAGAAGAUUGUUGUUUCGGAGUUCUCAAACUCUGCAGCGACGGCUCCAUUUCUCGGACCUCGCAUAAAGAGCAUCAAGUCAAAACCCACGAUGAUGGCCUAUUAUCCUGCCCCUAUUAUCGGUUGGCUCCAGAGGACCGGCUUCCGGCAGCCUUAGAAGAUGCUGUUACAGCCCUCAAGUUUCUUCAAGCCCAGGCUUUGCGUGAAAGUCGAGAGGUCGCUCAUGAGAAGUGGUUGUUUGACAUUGGUGGGGUUGACGUGGACAGGGUUUUCAUAUUCGGUGAUUCCUCGGGGGAAAACAUUGCUCAUCAUUUGGCUAUUCAGCUUGGAUCUGGUUCGCUUGAGUUAAGUCCCAUUAGAGUACGUGGUUGCAUACUCUUAUCGCCAUUCUUCGGAGGGAUUAUCAGGACCAAGUCGGAAGAAGAGAGCCCCAAAGAAGACUUCUGGAGCCAGGAGAUCUAUGACCAGUAA